CCCUGUGUGCUACAAUCUGCUGCGAAGAAUUUUUAUAAACGGCCAACCGGCUCGCGAGCUCCAUUAGUUGUUUGUUAGACGUGGAUCAGAUCGAGUUCCGUCCGUGAGCCAAGUGUUGGAUUACCAGUUCCUGCAAGUUCUACGUCAAGGAUAACUUAUUGAAAGGAUAUCAGGGAAGCAGCGCCAAGAUGCCGAUCGAAUUACAAACUCCCGAUGAAUUGGUCUACAAAUUCUACCCAGUUGCUGGUGGAGUGUUUAACUUCAAAAUCCGUGCCCCAAAUGAUGCCCAUCUGGCUCUUACGUCGGGUCCAUCCGAAUCGGAUCCAAUGCUAGAAGUGUUCCUUGGAGGAUGGGGUAACACAAAAUCCGUUAUCCGCAGAAACCGUACAAAACCUGAUGUUGUUGAAGUCGAAACACCAAACAUCCUUAACGCUGGUGAAUUCCGAGGAUUCUGGGUUCGGUGGUUCAAUGGAAUUAUUACAGUUGGUCGGGAAGGUGAAGCUGCAGCAUUUAUGUCCUACGAGGAGCAAACAGCAUUCCCCAUUAACUAUGUUGGUGUUUGCACAGGUUGGGGAGCAUCUGGAUCUUGGAUGAUUGAAGGUGGUCCUGAAUUUAAAACGGCCGAUUGCCUAACGUACAAUUUUCGCCCUGUCAAUAAUGGAUGUGCUUUAAUCCAAUUCCGCGGAAAAUCUAACUGCCACAUUGGCCUGAUGUCGAGCAAAAGUGAGGAGAAUCCGAUUUGCGAACUCAUCCUCGGUGGCUGGGAGAACACAGCCAGUGUGAUUCGUGUUAAUCGAGUUCAACCCGAUCGUGUACGCAAAGAUACACCGAAUCUAGUUUCGGCCGAUCGUUUCACUACAUUCUAUGUGUCCUGGGUCAAUGGUCAUCUAACUGUUCGAAAAGAUGGUCCUAAAGGCGGUAUAAUUAUCGAAGGCAAAGAUUGCGUCAAUUUCCCGGUACGAUUUUUGGCAGUACGCACUGGCUGGGGUGCGACCGGUCAAUGGAAAAUUACUAUCAAUGAAAACGAUCGGGAAAGUAUUAUAAAACAACAGAAAACUCCAGGAUUACUUGCUGCUAGAGAUUCUCCAGCAGCGCCUACUCUUCCAACUCCACAGGGAUGGACAGCUCCACCACCAACUGGUAGUGGUCCAGGCUGCUGGGUUCCAGCAAGUGGCGGACAGGUUCCACCAGAAGCCGUUCCUGGCGGAAUGGAUGGCGAACAACUAUACAUCGCUCGGGCCCGUCACGAAAGCGCUUUAAUUCCUGGAAAGCUGGUUCCAUCACAUGGAGUCGCUUAUAUUUCAUGGGGCGGUGCUGAACAUCCCUGCACUGAAUAUGAAGUCUUGUGCGCCGGAGGAGGACAGUGGGUGCCAACUUCAGGUGGAAAUAUCCCACCACAAGCCAUGCCAGCCGGUGAAAGUGAAGAUGGAGAACCCCUAUUCGUUGGUCGCGUAAAUCAUGCCGGAACCAUCACCCCCGGAAAGGUCCAUCCCUCUCAUGGAUUCUGUUACAUUCCAUAUGGCGGACAAGAAAUGGCAUUUGCUGACUACGAAAUUCUCGUUUCGAAUUAAAUAUUGAUAAGAAUGCACUAAAAAUGUAAACAAGUCAUAAUCUCAUAUAAAAUCUUGAAUCUCGACGUUAGAUUAUCUGCAAUCAGUGUUGAUGCACAAAUGUGUUCUGCAUAAAGAAAAUCACAGAAAUAAGAACGAAGUAACGCUUCCAUGUAAUCUCAUAGUGCCUUUGUUAACAUUAACGGUGGCCUAAAUGCCGUUCACAAUUUUUUGCAAAAAAAAAAAAUUAAGUAGAUUUGAAGAGCCUUAACGUAAAUUAUAUUUAAGAGUUAAAAGAAAUGUUUAUUUGCAUGUUUUCAGUAAACAAUAUUUAAAAACAAGUUAAA